CAGACGUCAGACUGCUGGCAGUGUUGCACAGGCUAACCAGUUUUCUUGUGCUUCAUAAGGAAAAAACAUCUCACUAAGAACUCCUGGCUCUUAAUUCCAUUUUUUGCACUAGAAUGAAAGUCAUCAUGGAUUUUGUGAAAAUAAUUCUUUUUAAUGUAGUGGCCAUGACAUUAUGCUAUUUAUUACUGGUUGAAGGUGCAGGAUGCCAUUACUUUCAUAAAUAUGAGAAAGAGAACCUCACCAUAAAAUGUGAUCUAUGUAAUGACCAAAAUAUGUCUGUUUGCUGGUACAACUACAAUAAGGAAAAAAUAAGCUGUGAAGGUUGCAGUCUCACGGUUCCUAAACAUGGGGGAAUAUUUGAAUGCAGAAAAGAAGACAUGAAAGACACUUUUUCUAGUUUACAAAGUAAUAACAAUACAACCAGCAAUUCCCGCAGUACUUUUAUCAUUUCAUCAGUUUCAGACCAAGAAACACACAACAACCAGAAAUCACAAAUUAUCAAUAUAAGUAACAAUGUUAAUCUUUCCUGUCAGUUUAACAGGAACAAUUUAGUAUUCAUUUCAUUUUGGGUAGCUGUCUAUCCAAAUCGUGGCAAUCACUGUUUAUUCUCAGUGGAUAACUACUUUACUGAUUUUAAUAAAAAUGUUUAUUGCCAUUCUGUUGUUGGUGAGGGGCAAAAUAGGAUUAUUUUUUUUACUUUAACCAACCCUAAUGAUGCAAUUCAGAAACAACAUUUAGAAAUCAGAAAAGCCAAAUCAUCUGAUAGUGGCACCUACUUAUGCUUAUAUUUUAUUUGGGACAAUGGUAAACUGGAGUGGAAAUUAGGAAGCAACAUAUCUCUUGAAGUACAAGAUCCAACAGACAAUGCUGGAAGACGUUCUACAGUGCCCAAAUCCCAUAAUACAACGUAUACAACUUCACACAGAAAUCAAAUGCGCAGCACUGAGGAGACAACUGCUAGAUCUGGUCAGAAUAUAUUCAUACGUGUUGGAAUGGCAGGAGGAAUUAUUAUUAUGAGUGCACUUAUACUGCUGUUUUUGUACAUUAAAAAGUCUAGAAAAAACAAGAUGAAACAACAAAGAAUCAGAAAUCCAGAUACUGUGGAUUAUGAAUGUACACCUUAUGCAAUAUGUGAUAGAAAAGACAUGGAGGAGAAUCCAGACUGCCUAUUCAGUGGUGACUAAGCCCAAAUGGGCACCAGAAGCAGACUAUUCCGAGGUGGACAUUACUCCCACAGGAGCUGAUUUAUGUGCUGCAUAUUCUGUGGUUAAUCGAAAACAAAAGAUAAAUCAAUAAGUAAAUCA